AUAUCUCAUGACAAGCCCAGAAGAAGAAAGGGAAUCGUGUGAGAAGAGCGAGCUGUCAUGAAGUAACAGACGGGACCUUUAAAGGAUUGCUACCAAGCGUCUCCUACCAUUAUAAGACUGAACAGUAGGAGGGUCAACAUGGCGGGCACAGGGGGCAGCACCCCUGGUAACCCCUCCCUGAAAAUCAUGACAUUUCGGCCAACAAUGGAGGAGUUCCGAGAUUUCAACCAGUACCUUGUGUACAUGGAGUCCCAGGGAGCCCAACGUGCUGGUCUUGCUAAGGUCAUUCCUCCAAAGGGAUGGAAACCGCGCCGUACCUACGAUGAUAUUGAUGACCUGGUGAUUCAGGCACCCAUCCAGCAGAUGGUGGCUGGCCAGUCUGGACUCUUCACCCAGUACAACAUCCAGAAGAAGCCUCAGACUGUGAAGGAAUUCCGCCAGCUGGCCAACAGCGACAAGUACUGCACCCCACGGCACCUGAGUUUUGAGGACUUGGAGAGAAAGUACUGGAAGAAUCUCACUUUUGUGUCCCCUAUCUAUGGAGCCGAUGUGAGUGGCACCCUCUACGAUGAGGAUGUAGGAGAGUGGAACAUUGGACACCUCAACACAAUUCUGGAUGUGAUUGAGGAGGACUGUGGUGUGGCCAUCCAGGGGGUGAACACGCCUUACCUGUACUUCGGCAUGUGGAAGACCAGCUUCUCAUGGCACACAGAGGAUAUGGACCUCUACAGCAUUAACUACCUGCACUUUGGAGAGCCCAAGUCCUGGUAUGCUAUCCCACCGGAGCAUGGGAAAAGGCUGGAGCGCCUGGCUACAGGUUUCUUCCCUAAUAGCUUUAAGGGCUGUGAGGCUUUCCUGAGGCAUAAGAUGACUCUCAUAUCACCUUCCAUUCUUAAGAAGUACAGCAUCCCCUUUGACAAGAUAACCCAGGAGGCUGGUGAGUUUAUGAUCACAUUCCCAUAUGGUUACCACGCUGGGUUCAACCAUGGCUUCAACUGUGCCGAAUCUACUAACUUUGCCAGCGUGCGAUGGAUUGACUACGGCAGAGUUGCAACUCAGUGCUCCUGCAGUAAGGACAUGGUGAAGAUCUCCAUGGACCCGUUUGUGCGGCUCUUCCAGCCGGAGCGCUACGCGGGGUGGCUGCAGGGUAAAGACCCGUGCCCCAUCGACCACACGCAGGCCACGCCCAGCUCCACGCCCGAACUAGAGAGCUGGCUGCAGAGACGAGCCCAAACCAAACCUGCUGUCAAGAGCCUGCCCCACACCCGCACGCGCUCAAAGAGGCACAAGACCGUGGAGGAGCCUGUGGACAUGGAAGCUUCUGCGGUGGAGAAGUGUAGGAGGUUGGAGUGCUGUCCAGAGGAUCAGGUGGCACCUGCUCCUACUCCACAGGACCACAAAUCCCAAACUGCGCUACUUCAGGGCAUUGGUUCCUCUGGUCAGCGCAGACAGAUGUGUGUUGUGAAGGUGAACCGAGUUGAGGCAGACACGCUGAUUCAAAAAGCCUCCAUCCGCGAGGACCCCUCAGGACGGCAUCACCAGAAAGUGUCCGCUAGAGAACGCAGUGUAUCAAAGGAGCCACCAGACGCAGAGCUGAGCCUGUCAGCAAGCCAGUCGCACGGCCCUCUGGACAAGCCUCCGAGGACUGACCAACACACGGACACACAUACACACUCUUUGGCCCCCGGGUCCCCUGCCGUAGUCACUGACAUGAGUGCCAACACUUCAGCAUGUGCGACCGCUACGAAGAAGAGCAAGUCGACCUCGCAGGAAAGCAAAGGCGAUCAAGCUACUGUGUCAGCCUGUGAUGGUCAAUCACAGGGCUGCAAACUCACGGAACACGCACACACACCGCCAGCGGAAAAUACGCUGACCACACCUCACUCCUCGCGAGCAGAUCGCCCUCUGGACUCUGGAAGUCAAGCACUUUAUGGUGAAGUAAGUAGCACGCCCCUGUCUGCGGAUCUGUGCCCUGAGGCUGACAAACCCCCCCCACACGGGGCAUCUGAAGCUUCUGAGGUGAGUGCCCAGUGCCCUGCGUACCCUCCACAGGUCAGCAGCGGCCUUGCCCUAGUGCCAAGCGCAGGGUGCGUCUCGGAAAUGCCCCUGCUGACCCCGGAGCCCGUGGAGAUGGAACAGGAGGAGCCGCCCGCUCUCACCCAGGAGAUGCCCGCCCUCACGCUCGCCCUGUGCUCAGAAGCGGUGUCGGCGGCGGUUGCGGGCAGGCACACGCAGGCCCCCGCGCUCUACCGCGAGAGCGACACGCCCGUCCAGUCUCACACGGCUCCGCCAGAACUGACCUUAGAGGCCCUGAGCCAGGAGCCACCCCUCAGCCUGGAGCCUGCUGUCAGUGAGGCCCACACAGACUGCACACACAUACACAUGUGGACACACACUCCGAACCCUGCGCAGCACACACACACACUGUCUACAGCAGAGGCACAAGACACACCGCCACCAACACUUGAAAUCCAACACACACAAUCCACAGACAAGGUCCCCAAUCGCACCCAGUUCUGCUCUGGUCCAAGUUCCUCUGACAAAUCGGCACUUCUGGUGACCAGUGCCCUCACGCUCCAGACGCACGCUCGCACGCCACAGGGUAGCCCCACUGCACACACUCGCACCUUGACACAGCCGUGCACUGGACUCCCACACAAAAAAACGCUGAGUGUUGUUCCCCACAACAGCACUUCGACUGCACACAGCACACACCCCUGCACUACUGAACACACUGAAACAACCCCGACCACCUCAGCUCACCCAGCGCACUCCUUUGCAUUCUGUAAGUCCCAGCCCAGCACUACCGGCCCCAGCACAGGCCCCCGUAUGCACUCCGACACUGCUGACCACAGAACACACUUAAGCAUUACAGGCUGUAAUGAGCAGUCUGACUCACCGUCUGUCUCCGCAGACACUCAGCCCCAGCUGAACAUUCCCCCCGACACUACAGCCACUGACGCAGGCCAGGGCUCCAUGCAGUACAACAGCAGCACUAAGUCUCACGCGCAGCAGAGCUUCAGACGCUGCGCUAGUCUCACACAGCCAGCCGGGGCGCCCGCUGACCACUCGCACUCCAACACUUACACGCUUCUGGAGACCUUCCCCCCUGAGAGCUCAUUGGUGGAUAUGCGGCCUCAGUCCCUCCCCCCCGACGCCGUGUGGGCCAGCCUGCCGGCUCCGUCCCCGGCCGUGCUGAUCGAGAGCGUGCGGCCGGAGCUGACGGACAGCCUGACGGCCUAUCACGUGCCAGCAACCGCCUACGACCGCCACGCGCUGCACACCUUCAGCAUGUGGGAGGAGCCGCGCUGCAAGGCCGUCCACUCGCCGGAGCCCCCCGAGCCGCCGGAGCGCGAGCAGACCUGGACCCAGCUGGAGCCCAGCCUCCCACACACAGCUCUGCACGCCCACGCACAGGUACACACACACGCCCACCACGACGGCCAGCCCGAUGACGCCGAUGCAGAGUUGCCUAGCAACGAGCUGGCUUCCUCUGAGUGCGGAGGCUCGGAGAGAGGAGGAGGCGGAGCCAGCAGCAGCGAUGACAGCUACAACUCCAACCUCAGCGAAUCCGAGUGCGGCGACUCAGGCCUUGAGCCGGGGGAAGUCCCCCCAUACCAGACUGGGGGGAUGAAGAAGAACACAAAGAGCUGGCGCCUGCCCCUGAGGAAGCCCACCGCUCGAGCCGUGCCGAGCGCUGUCAAGCAGCAGAACAUCAGCGACGAAGAGCCUCCAGAAUGUUCCGUGGCAGAGGGGGAAGAGCAGGAACUGGAGCAGUGGGCACGGCCGCUGGUGCAGCUGUGGAACAGCAGGGGGCGCUGUAUCAGUGCCGAGCGCGAGUACAACGCUAUGGUGGCCCAGAAGCGGCCACACUGUGCCAUCUGCACCAUGUUCAUGCCUUACUAUCAGAAGCGCAAUGUGCGUGAGGACCUGGUGGUGGGUCAGACAGUCAUCAGCAAGCACAAGAACCUGCGCUACUACAGCUCCCGUGUCACACACAUUACCUCACACACCUUCUAUGAGGUCAUGUUCGACGACGGCUCCUUCAGUAACGACACCUUCCCGGAGGACAUUGUGAGCAGAGACUGUGCUGCGUUGGGUCCUCCUGAGGUGGGGGAGGUGGUUCAGGUGAAGUGGCCCGAUGGACUCUACUACACCGCCAAAUAUCUUGGCUCUAAUACAACACAUAUGUACCAGGUGGAGUUUGAGGACGGCUCUCAGGUAACGGCCAAGAGAGAGGACAUCUACACUCUGGACGAAGACCUGCCCAAGAAGGUCAAAGGACGACUUUCUACAGCCUCCAGCAUGCGUUUCCAGGACGCUUUUUUCACCUCGCAGGGAGAGCGGAAGAGACAGAGGACCCCCAACUCCCGCUUCCAGAGAGACUACAUCACCAAGAGCAGCUGAGGGACGCUCACAGGAGACUCAAGUGUGUCACCAUGGGACAGUUACUCUAAAAUGUCAGGGAAAUGCAAUUUUUGAAAGUUGAAACAAAAAACAGUGAAUGUUUUCUUCUGAGGACUUCCCAUGUAUGUGGGUUUUCCUUGAAAUGGACAACUUUUUAGUUUUUCUCUUUUGGUCCUUUUGUUCUGAUCAGUGCAUGUUAAGCGUGACUGCUCCUGCAGAGGGCAGUGUCCUACUUCUAACUCGUUUUUAAUAGAAAACUAACGAAAGCUACUGUCGCCGUGUCUGCUGAAGCACUUUGUCUUAACUAUUUAACUUGAUUGGAUGGGUUUGUUUAUUUAUUGGGAUCUUCCCUCUCCCGUAUGUGUCAACCAUAGCUGUACAAUACUGAUUAAAAAUAUUUAUGAUUA